AUGAGCGCAGUUGACGAACGAGUUGCUGAGAAAAGGAAAUUGGAGGAAAAGGAUACUGAGAAUGGUGUGUCCGCUAAAGGAGCCAAAGUUGAAAAUGGAAUCGUUGCGGCAGCAGGUGAUGCAGAGGUCAGAGAUUUGAAACAAGACAAGAAUUCCUCAUUGAAAGAAAAUAAAGAGAAGACAGCAAAUGAGAAUCAUGAUGGCGAACAUGAAGAAGAUGGUGAGGAUGCAGCGGAUGGUGAAGAGGGUAUUGAAGAAUCGAGUGGUGGUGAGGAUGAUGAAAGUUUAGGUGAUGAGGAAGAUGGAGGUAGCGAAGACGAUGAGGCGAGCAUUGGAUCCGAGGAAAGCGACGGCCAAGGCGAUGGUGAAGGGGGUGAUUUUGGGGAUGAUGACGAUGUGGAAGGUGAAGAAGGUGGAGAAAGCGAAGAGUAA